UCUUACCGGCGGGGCAGCUGGGAGGAGGGAGGGAGAUGCCGAUGGCUCUGCGGGCUUCUCGCGAGAGUGGGCGAAAUUUCCGGUGUUGUGACUGUGGGGUCGUAAACAUGGCGGCGAGUCUUCGCGCUCGCUCGUUGAGGCACCUUCGUAUUCGAGGUCGGAACGAUAGCGGUGAGGAGAACGUCCCCCUCGAUCUCAGCCGAGAACCCUGUGAUAAUAUGAGAGAGAUUCUCCAAAAUGUGGCCAAGUUACAAGGCGUUUCAAAUAUGAGAAAACUAGGCCACUUAAAUAAUUUUACUAAGCUUCUUUGUAAUACUGGCCAUGCUGAAGAAAAGCUAGGUUUUACGUAUGACAGCAUCAUAAUAUGUCUGCGGUUAGCUUUACUAAAUGAAGCAAAAGAGGUGCGAGCAGCAGGAUUGCGAGCCCUCCGCUAUCUCAUUCGAGACUCCAGUAUUCUUCAGAAGGUGCUAAAACUGAAAGUGGAUUACUUGAUAGCCAGGUGUAUUGACAUACAGCAGAGUAAUGAAGUAGAAAGAACGCAAGCACUUCGAUUAGUCAGAAAGAUGAUCACUGUGAAUGCUUCAUUGUUCCCCAGUUCUAUUACUAAUUCUUUGAUAGCAGUUGGAAACGAUGGCCUUCAAGAAAGAGACAGAAUGGUUCGAGCGUGUAUAGCCAUUAUCUGUGAACUAGCACUUCAGAAUCCCGAGGUGGUGGCUCUUCGGGGUGGUUUAAGUACCAUCUUGAAAAAUGUGAUUGAUUGUCAGCUAAGCCGAAUAAAUGAGGCUUUGAUAACUACAGUUCUGCACCUCAUUAAUCAUCCAAAGACCCGACAGUAUGUACGAGCAGAUGUAGAGUUAGAGCGAAUUUUAGCUCCUUACACAGAUUUUCACUACAGGCAUAAUCCAGACACAGCAGAAGGACAACUCAAAGAGGACAGAGAAGCACGGUUCCUAGCUAGUAAAAUGGGAAUAGUGGCAGCAUUUCGAUCAUGGGCAGGUAUUAUCAGUCUUUGCAAACCUGGAAAUUCUGGGAUUCAGUCUCUUAUUGGGGUACUUUUUAUACCAAAUAUGGAAAUACGGCAAGGUCUGCUUGAGGUUCUUUAUGAUAUAUUUCGCCUUCCUCUCCCUGUUGUUGCAGAAGAAUUUCUUGAGGCACUUCUCAGCGUAGAUCCAAGCAGGUUUCAAGACUGCUGGAGACUUUCUGAUGGCUUUGUAGCUGCUGAAGCUAAAACUAUACUACCACAUCGAGCCAGGUCAAGGCCUGAUCUCAUGGAUAAUUAUUUGGCUUUAGUGCUUUCAGCUUUUAUUACUAAUGGACUUCUAGAGGGUCUGGUUGAAGUGAUCACAAGUAGUGAUGACCAUGUAUCUGUUAGAGCAACUAUCCUUUUAGGAGAACUUUUGCACAUGGCCAACACAAUCCUUCCUCAUUCUCACAGCCAUCACCUGCACUGCUUACCAACGCUAAUGAAUAUGGCAGCAUCUUUUGACAUAAUGAAAGAGAAAAGACUACGAGCAAGUGCUGCUCUCAACUGCUUAAAAUCUUUUCAUGAGAUGAAGAAAAGAGGACCUAAACCUUACAGCCUCCAUUUAGAUCAUAUUAUUCAGAAAACGAUCUCAACCCAUCAAAAAAGGGAUCAGUACCAUGUGCAGAAAGACAUCUUUAUUUUAAAGGAUACAGAAGAAGCACUUUUAGUGAAUCUUCGAGACAGCCAAGUUCUCAAUCAUAAGGAGAAUCUCGAAUGGAACUGGAAUCUGAUAGGAACCAUACUGAAGUGGCCAAAUGUAAAUCUAAGGAACUAUAAAGAUGAACAAUUGCACAGGUUUGUAAGGAGAUUGCUAUAUUUUUAUAAGCCUAGCAGUAAACUAUAUGCCAACCUGGAUCUGGACUAUGCCAAGGCUAAGCAGCUCACUGUGGUGGGUUGUCAGUUUACUGAAUUUCUUCUUGAAUCAGAAGAGGAUGGACAAGGCUACCUGGAGGAAUUGGUUAAAGAUAUUGUAAAUUGGCUCAACUCUUCAUCAGGAAUGAAACCUGAAUGUAGUCUUCAAAAUAAUGGGCUACUAAAUACCCUUAGCCAGCACUACUUUCUGUUUUUUGGUACUCUCUCUUGUCACCCUCAUGGAGUGAAAAUGCUUGAAAAAUGUAAUGUGUUUCAGUGUCUUCUUAAUCUUUGUUCUUUGAGGAACCAGGAUCACUUGUUAAAAUUGACUGUUUCUAGUUUGGAUUACAGCAGAGAUGGGUUAGCAAGAGUCAUUCUUUCUAAGAUCCUAACAGCAGCUACUGAUAGCUGCAGAUUGUAUGCAACAAAACACUUACGAGUAUUACUGAGAGCAAACGUAGAGUUCUUCAGCAACUGGGGGAUUGAGUUACUGGUGACCCAGUUACAUGAUAAAAAUAAAACUAUUUCUUCUGAGGCACUUGAUAUUCUAGAUGAGGCAUGUGAAGACAAGGCCAAUCUUCAUGCCCUUAUCCAAAUGAAACCAGCUCUUUCUCACCUUGGAGACAAAGGUUUGCUUCUACUUCUAAGAUUUCUGUCCAUUCCAAAGGGAUUUUCAUAUCUAAAUGAAAGAGGUUAUGUAACAAAACAAAUGGAAAAGUGGCAAAAGGAAUAUAACUUAAAGUAUGUUGAAUUGAUUGAAGAACAACUUAAUGAAGCACUUACAACUUAUCGCAAACCUGUUGAUGGUGAUAACUAUGUUCGUCGGAGCAACCAAAGAUUACAGCGGCCACAUGUCUACCUGCCAGUUCACCUUUAUGGCCAACUGGUGCACCAUAAAACAGGCUGCCAUUUAUUGGAGUCUCAGAAUAUUGUUACAGAUCUAAGUUACACCGUUCAUUCCCCAAUGCUGGAUAAGUGGGAAGGAAUUAAGCAGCUGAAAGCAGCCCUUUGGGCCUUGGGCAAUAUUGGAUCAUCAAAUUGGGGUCUUAACUUGCUUCAAGAGGAGAAUGUAAUUCCUGAUAUAAUGGCACUUGCGCAACAUUGUGAGGUUCUCUCCAUUAGAGGAACCUGUGUCUACGCACUUGGUCUAAUAGCCAAAACUAAACAAGGAUGUGACAUUUUGAAGCAUCAUAACUGGGAUGCAGUGAGACACAGUCGUAGACAGCCUUGGCCAGUGGUCCCUGAUGACAUGGAGCAGCUCUGCAGUGAACUUUCUUCUAUACCCAGUACUCUUAGCUUGAACUCUGAGUCCACCAGUUCUAGGUAUAACAGUGAAAGUGAAUCUACACCUUCAAGUAUGUUCAUCACGGAGGAUGACCGUUUUGGUAGUACUUCCACUAGUACAUUCUUCCUAGAUAUUACGGAAGACGCAGAACAAAUAUUUUAUGACAGACCUGGACCUUCAAAGGCCAAAGACCGUAGCCCCUUUCCUUUUUUUUCUUCUAGCAGACUUGUGAAAAAUCGCAUUCUAAACUCUCUUACUCUACCUAAUAAAAAACAUAGAAAUAGCAGUGAUCCAAAAGGAGGAAAGCUGACAUCUGACAGUAAAUCAGGCCUGAAGCGAAAUCGUACUGUAACAGAACCUUCCAGUAGCACAGACUUUCCUGCUGGGGAAGAAUUCAACCCUGUUUUCAGAGUUCCUAAAAUCCAGACUUCACAAUUAGAAACUUCUUUUGUCAGAAGUAAGCAUGUGGAAGAUACUGAUAGUACCCCAAGUACUGGAGAAAAUGAUCUGAAGCUGCCAAAAGGUCUUGGAAAUGAAUUUCAUCAGGAAAACACAAGCAGAGAAAGGCUAAUAGGAGAUGGUGCUACACAAACACAUUUCAAGAGUCGUAGCUUAAGUUUUAAUACAGAUACCACAACAAGUGGCAUAAGCUCAAUGAGCUCUAGCCCUUCAAGAGAGACCGUAGGUGUGGACACUACAAACGUAGAUACUGACUGUGGAAGUUUGAGUACUGUGGUAAGCACAAAAACAGUUAAACCAAGUCACUGUUCAACACCACAGUCUAACCACUUGCCUCUCUCAAAAUCUAACUCUGUAUCCCUGGUACCGCCAGGGUCUUCUCAUACACUUCCCCGAAGAGCCCAGUCUCUUAAGGCUCCUCUUGCUACAAUAAAAAGUCUUGCUGACUAUAACUUCAGCUACACAAGUUCUCGAGAUGCCUUUGGCUAUGCUACACUAAAACGCUUACAGCAGCAGAGGAUGCAUCCUUCACUGUCUCACUCAGAAGCCCUAGCAUCUCCAGCAAAGGACGUGCUGUUUACUGACACUAUUACCAUGAAGUCUGGCAGCCUGGAUUCUCGGUUGACCCCAAGCCGGUUCAUGAAAGCUUUAAGUUAUGCUUCAUUAGAUAAAGAAGAUUUAUUAAGUCCUAUUAACCAAAACACACUUCAGCGUUCCUCCUCCGUUCGCUCCAUGGUUUCUAAUGCUACGUAUGGUAGCUCUGAUGAUUAUAUUGGCCUUGCUCUCCCAAUGGAUAUCAAUGAAAUAUUUCAGGUAAAGGAAAUUCCAUAUUUCCAGAAGAAAACCACACCUCCAUUUGAUGACCAUGGAGCUAGUGUCUUUGCACCUGAUGCAGAAGGUCUUCCAUCAGGUACAAGUGAUGUUGUCAAAAGUCCUUUUCAGAUGCUCCGACAACAGAUCAGUCUCACAGAAAUAAUGACUACCAGCCGUUCAGAUGCCUCUCAGUUUUUAGAAAAUACAGAGGAUACAGGGCUACAGGAGCACACAGAUGAGAACUGCCUUUACUGUGUCUGCAUUCAAGUACUGGGUUAUCAGCCUAAUGACAAAGUGAACUCUUCAUAUAGUCGUACAGAUUUUUCAGACAUUCCAUAUACUGACUGGUGUGGGCAGACCAUACACAAUCACUUAGAUGUGCAUUCCUCCAAAUAUUCUGGAAUUUCAAGCUGUAGUGAUGCAGUAUCCCAUGGUUCAGCUAGCAGCACCAAGAGUACAGAGCUUGUACUAGGAGUGAAAUCAAUCCCAGAUGAUACACCAGUCUGCAGAAUACUUCUGCGGAAAGAAGUCUUGCGUUUAGUAAUCAAUUUGAGUAGUUCAGUAGGAACUAAGGGCCAUGAAACUGGACUCCUGACAAUUAAGGAGAAAUACCCUCAAGCAUUUGAUGACAUAUGCCUUUACUCUGAGGUGUCCUACUUGUUAGCACAUUGUACAUUUCGACUUCCAUCUCGAAGGUUCAUUCAGGAGCUAUUUCAAGAUGUACAGUUCUUACAAAUGCAUGAAGAAGCAGAGGCUAUUUUAGCAACAACAACAAAACAGCCAGUAAUUGAUACAUCAGGUGAAUCCUGACCUCUGUCUUGUGCAGUACAUUGCAUAUAGACUUUCUGAAAUCCUCAGAUAACUUCCGAUUGACUGGAUAAAAAGCUUUGGAGCAUCGUUUUCUAGACUGUUCCAGAAGCUACUGGUACCUGAAGACUGAACUGAAAACUUUUUCUUCCUUAACCAAUUACUGGCCCAGUCUUUUGAGCCCUUUGGGGAGUUAUUAAAUAUUACCAUAGUUUUAAUAAUAGCAAUUACCAGUAUAUGCAAGAGUCAAGCACUGAACACCUCCAUAAGUUCUCAUUUCAUUUUUUACCCUAAAUUAAAAAAAAAAAAUAGGACAACACGCAGAGACAUCUUUUAUGGUUGACUUACGAUUUUGUUCCAGAGAAGCAGAACGAUGCCUUGCUUUUUAGCCCCUAGAUACCAGGAAUCAGAGAGAUAGAUGAAGGGUGCAUUCUGUUGCCAGCAAUAGGGAGCUGUGCUGUAAUCAUGGACACCAAGGGAUUAAAGUUAACCCUUCUCUGUUGUUUUUUUGUACUGUUUAUAACACUACUUGGGGGUUUGUAACUUCAAACAGAAAGAAAAGCCUCUGUGAACCUGAGGUUUCAUUUAAGUUAUUUUAAAAUUACUAUAGUUGUAAGUAAUUUUAUUAGCAGUCUCUCCAAUCUCAUUACAUUUAUGUACAUGUAUAUUAUCUGAACCAGUUAAGGAUUUUCACUACAGUUUGAUUUUAAAAAUAACAAAUCAUUUAAAAUUAAAAUGCUGAAAUCAGAUUGUUUUUCCUGAAUGAUAUGCAUGUGUGUGCAGUUUCUGUACUCAUGCUCAUAUAGUAUGAAUGUUGGUCGUACUCUUAACUAAAAACCUUUAAAAUGCAUGGUUUGUAUCAGAUAAAUGAGUAUAGUAUAAACUAAACUUGAAGACAAUCAUUGCUGCUUUUGUGAGAAGACAUAAUACGAGCAUUUCCCAAGUCCCAUGGAAACAGCCUUUUAUAAAAACAAAGGCUUGAUUUGAAUUUUCAGUGGAUGAGUGAUCAAGCAUCAGAUAGUACUAAUAAUUGUAGUGAAAAGCCUUAAGUAGUAAAUUUUGAAGCAACAGUAAUUAUAAUUUUAUAUUCGUAGUUGAGACUUCUUGCAAAAGUUACAUGAUACAGUGACUGUUAAUGACUGAAAUAGUUGUAUCAUAUUACUAGUCAGGUUUCUAAAUUUAAUGAGUGCAAGCUUAAAAAAAAGUAAGAAUUUGUUUAGCCUGGAGAAGAGAAGACUGAGGGGGGGAUUUCAUAAAUACCUAUAAAUAUCUAAAGGGUGGGUGUCAGGAUGAUGUGACUAAGCUCUUUUCAGUGGUGCCCAAUGACAGGCCGAGGGCCAAUGGGCACAAGUUGGAACACAGGAAGUUCCACCUAAACAGGAGAAACAACUUCUUUCCUGUGAGGGUGACAGAGCAGUGGAACAGGCUGCCCAGGGAGGUUGUGGAGUCUCCUUCCCUGAAGAGAUUCAAAACCUGCCUGGACGCAUUCCUGUGACCCCUGCUCUGGGUGUGCCUGCUCAAGCAGGGGGGUUAGACAAGAUGAUCUCCAGAGGUCCCUUCCAACCCCUACUAUUCUGUGAUUCUGUAAUCCCCAUCACUUUUAUCAUGGAUCUAAAGAUUCAAAAGCCCUUAUACAAAGGUAAUAGAAAUAUAUGCAGUAGCAUGACCACCUUUGUUAGGAUGCCUGUAAUAGAAGGGAUUACCCUUUGAUUUUGAUAUAGGUGAACAAUUCAGCUGGACUGUACUAAGGUAGAACGUAUUUUCAUCCAUUCACUUUUAUGAUUUUUUAAUAAUUGUCAGAUUAAUACUUAAGUGAAAUUUAUCCUGAUGCUCAUAACCCUGUUCUUACUAGCUAUGCUACUGGAGAUUUCAAUAAGUAGUCCUGUGAACAGUAAAACAUGAUUCCUAGUGAAAUGUAGAAUUUAUUUGCUCUUAUUGAAAAUUUCAUCUUGUCACAUAAGCACUGUUUUUCAGCUAUCACUUCACUGAGUUCUUAUGUGUACUGCAUACCAUCAGGUUCUGGUAAAGCAGAUCUCUAAGUUGCUACUCAUAGUCAAAUUUAGUUACUGAGAUUAUCUUUUCUUGAGUUUCCACUGAAAGAAGGAGCAAAAAUAAACUGAUUCAACUCUUUUAUGGUCAGUGACACAAAUAAUAUAUCUGUGUGUCAAGGCAUGUUUGAAAUGCUCUGAAAACAUACCACACCAGUAACUGUUGGACUUCUCUGGUCAUAAGAAAUAAAUGCUUCUGUAAAACCAUAACAUCAAUCCCAGUAGACCAAAUAGUGGUAUAAACUCCAAAGGAAAUAAUGUAGUUUUCCCAAAAACGGGGCUAGCAUAUCUCAUACAGUAGUUUCAAACACUACCUCAGUUAGGCUAGAAUAUGAGAGAUUUGUUUUAAUAACUAGAUGGGGUUAUAUCAAACAACUCCAUGUUAUUUUUCUGCAGUUAAAGCAAAAUAAACAAAAUUUAUCACCUGUAUUUAAAAACAAAAAGACCUUUGUUCAUUUGUUACCAGUUUAAUCCAUAGCGCUUAAUGUAGAAAGCGCCAUAGGAAGGCCUCUGAUUAUAAAAAAAGUAAGCAAAAGCGAUGUCAAUAUACUUUUGAAAGAAUCUCCAUCCUGAAAUGCUUAUGUGUUCUGAAGUACUUGCUUGUGUGGGGAUCCAUGACAACAGAAACUUGACGUAUGAAUUAUUGCUGCAAAUUCAGUUAUAAAACAUAAAUUUUUUUCCUGAAAGUG